AUUCUAUCAUCUCUACACAGUCCACAUUCAUAGCAAGAGUUGAUCCAUAUUCCAUCUUUAUCCUCUUGUUUAUACUAGAAUCUUUACAUGGUCUACACACGGAUCCUCCUUUACGUCAUGUAUCUUUUGAUCUCUGCACAAUCCACAUCCACAGCACGAGUUGAUCCAUAUUUCAUCUUUAUCCUCUUAUUCAUAGCAGAGUCUUUCCAUGGUCUACAUAGUGAUCCUCCUUUACAUCAUGUACCUUUUUUAUUUCUCGUAUCUACAUGGUCAUCUCCAUCACUAAUAAUAAUCACAAGUAAUAAUAAUAAAAAAAGGACACUGCUCACUCUUCUUUUUUUUUUUAAAUAAAAAAAGUAUCAUCCCUUUAUUUAACAUGAUCAUACAGGUCUCCUCCAUGUGUAUCUC